AUGCCUAAAGAAUAUUCUUCUAUUGUUGUAAUUAUUUGCCAUCAAACAUUAUUUUUACUCACAGGUUUUUAUCAAACUCUUGCUGCACAAUACUUAUAUUAUCAAGGAGCUGCGACUGGAACAAGCCUUUUAACAAAUACAGCACAAUAUGUUGGAAUGGCAUCAGUUGGAUUGUUACUUAUUCCUUCCUGGUGGGCAAAUAGAAAAGGACGUAAAAGUAUAGCUUAUGAACCAACUGGAACAACUGAAUUAGAUUUUGAUAUGGAAGAGAUUAAAUCUGGCAAGAAAGCACAAAAAGACUAUCAAUUAUUACCAAAUGCAGAUGAAGAGAUUUUAAUAGAAGAUUCUUCAAUGAUUUCAGACAAAUCAUCAAAACCUAAAGAAUCCAUCAGUUUUAGAUUUAUUGCUGCAACUUCAUGUUUGGAUGUGGUUGCUAAUUUUACAUUGACAAUAGGAUUUUUCUAUGUUGGAAGUGGGAUGUUUCAAGUAAUUUAUAGUUCAGUAGUAAUAUGGUGUGCAGUACUUUCAUUUAUUUUUCUUGGAAGAAAACUCUCAUUAUUACAAUCCAUAAGUAUUAUUGGAGUAUGUUUUGGACUUGCUCUUAGUGCUUUAGGAAUAUCUAAGGGAACGGAAUCAUCAGAUCAAACAACACCACCUCCAGUUACUUCUACUGGACCAGCUAUACUUCAUUCUUUUAAUAUGACAACCACGAUGUAUGGAAUGAUUUUAACAUCACUCGCAACCUUUGGAUAUGCAUGUGUUUACGUUGUUAAUGAUCUAUUAGUAUCAAAUCAUAAGGCGAAUACAAUUCCUCCUACACCAGAAAAAGCAUGUUUCCUAGUUGGAAGUGGUUGUACAUUUUUAUCUUUAAUGUAUAUCAUAAUUUAUACUAUACCUCAUUGGAAUAAAUUGGUCAUACAAGAAAUGGAAAAGGAAAAGAAAGUUUCAGAUGUUAGCACAUUCGUAAUUAUUAUUAUAUAUAUGGUACUUACGAUGGCAUCAUUUAUUCAUAAUCUUUCAUAUUAUUCAUUAAUGAAACGAAUUGGUAAUGUUUCUACGGGAUUAUUAAAUUCUAUAAGAGCAAUUGUGGUAUUUGGAUUAAGUCACAUAUUAUUUUGUGAUAUUGAUAAUGGUCAAUGUUUUAAUCCUUGGAAAGGAUUUAGUGCAAUUACUGUAAUUGGAUUUGUCACAAUAUUUUCAAUUAGUAAAAUGCGGGACGAUAGACUUUUUUAA